CAAAAUUCCACGUUAUGGUUUAAUACAACUUUUCACGGAAAUUCCUCAUUUCCUCGUCAAGUCUUCCAUAUAAAAACGACAGCGUAUCAUCGCAAUCUAAACCUUCCCCGCCUUUGAGCCUUGUAAUAACAUCAAGACAGCAAUUUCUUCCUCCUCCCAUCGCCAGUCGCCACCGCACCACCACCUUCUCAUCGGGUAUUUCCUCUCUUUGAUACUCGAGUAUCUACAGGCUUCCACUCUGUAACUUUCGAUCAAUUCAUCGCAAGAAGAUCCCAGACAUGGUGGAUAACAAGCGGAAACGAGGACGUACGCCUAAAUCUCGAGUACCCGAAACCCUAGAUCUCCAAACCUCCAAAGCGACUUCCUCUUCGCCCUCCGUCGACGACGUUGAUCUCACCCACAACAAUGACACCUCCAAUUCCAAUUCCAAUCACCAUCACCACCUCCGCCGCCGUCGGGAACCCAUGGAAAACCCUAAACCCCCCUUAAUUUCAUCUCCCCCUUCGAGGUGUAUUGAGGGCAAUGGAAAUGUUACUGGGAAUGGUUCGCUUCUUGAUAGUGUGGUCAUGGCGAUGGCUAGGGUGAUGCCGGCUAUGGACGCGGUGGUGAAGGUGUUUUGCACGCAUACUGAGCCCAAUUUCUCUCUGCCGUGGCAGAGGAAGAGGCAGUAUAGCUCUAGCAGUAGUGGCUUUGUGAUUAGUGGGAGGAGGGUCUUGACUAAUGCGCACUCGGUGGAGCAUUAUACUCAAGUGAAGCUCAAGAAACGUGGCUCCGAUACGAAAUAUGUCGCCACCGUUCUUGCAGUAGGAACCGAAUGUGAUAUUGCUUUGCUUACUGUGGAUGAUGAUGAAUUUUGGCUCGAUGUAUCACCUGUGGAGUUUGGGGAUUUGCCUGCUCUUCAAGAUGCGGUUACAGUGGUGGGGUAUCCAAUCGGAGGUGAUACAAUAUCCGUCACUAGUGGAGUUGUUUCACGUAUAGAGAUCUUAUCUUAUGUUCAUGGGUCAACUGAGCUUUUGGGAUUACAGAUAGAUGCUGCAAUUAACUCAGGGAACUCUGGUGGACCUGCCUUCAAUGACAAGGGAAAUUGUGUUGGAAUUGCAUUUCAAUCUCUUAAACACGAAGAUGCUGAAAACAUUGGAUAUGUCAUACCAACCCCUGUCAUAAUGCACUUCAUCCAAGAUUAUGAGAAAAAUGGAUCAUAUACUGGAUUCCCAAUUCUUGGUGUUGAGUGGCAAAAGAUGGAAAACCCUGAUUUGCGUAAGUCUAUGGGGAUGAAAGAUAAUCAGAAAGGUGUCCGAAUUCGAAGAAUUGACCCUACUGCCCCUGAGCAUAAAGUUCUAAAACCAUCUGACAUUAUACUAAGCUUUGAUGGUGUUGGUAUUGCCAAUGAUGGAACAGUUCCUUUUAGGCAUGGAGAGAGGAUAGGUUUUAGCUACCUUGUAUCCCAUAAAUACACAGGAGAUACAGCUCAAAUCAAAGUCCUUCGUGAAUCCAAAAUCUUGAAAUUUAACAUCAAAUUUGACACUCACAAAAAGCUAAUCCCUGCACACAACAAGGGUAGACCUCCUUCAUACUACAUCAUUGGAGGAUUGGUUUUUACAACAGUUUCUGUUCCUUAUCUUCGAUCUGAGUAUGGAAAGGACUAUGGGUAUGAUGCUCCUGUUAAGCUGUUGGAUAAACUUCUUCACGAGUUGCCAAAGUCACAAGAUGAACAGAUUGUAGUUGUCUCACAGGUGCUUGUGGCUGAUAUCAACAUAGGAUAUGAAGAGAUUGUGAACACUCAGGUUCUUGCAUUCAAUGGUAAGGAAGUGAAGAAUCUGAAAAGCUUGGCGAAUAUGGUGGAGAGCUGUAGGGAUGAUUAUCUGAAAUUUGAAUUGGAAUAUCAACAGAUUGUGGUACUGGAGACAAAGACAGCAAAAGCAGCAACUGUGGACAUUCUGUUGACUCAUUGUAUACCUAGUGCCAUGUCAGAUGAUCUCAAGACAUAAACAUAAACAUUAUAUGGUCAAUGGUCAAUGGUGUUUUUGCCUUACCUUAAUUGGUUGUGGGUUUGGGACAUGUGGAUUGGAUUGGAUUUAGUCAAUUUUACGAUAGUCCUUAGGUAAGGAUACUUAGGGGGAUUGGGAUUGGGAUAUAUAUACACUACACAUUUUGAUUCAUUAUUACCCUCCCUUAUUCCAUUCUGUUGGAUUAUAUUUGAAAAAUUGGAUUAUUAGGUAUUGGUUUAAGAAGUAGUGAUUAUAUAUAUAUAUGUUGCCUUUCAACUCAACAGAGGUGGAUUGGGAUUGUAUUUCAUUUGUUAGAUUGGUAAUGGUGGAAUUAUAAAAAUCUUUAAAAGUGGGACUAGGGUGUAAUUUCUGUUAUGUUUUGAUAGGUGGAUUUGAUUUGGGGAUGAAUUUUUGUAUAAUACUUAUAUGUCCAAGUACGUUACUACUAAUUGAUUGCAUCUAAAUUGUAAGUGUUGCACAAUGUUUGUGUGUACUGAAAUAAGAUAAGAUAAAUAUAUCCAAACUUAAUUUGUACAAUUUAUACUAAAAAAGGAUU